AGUUACCUCCCUCCUCACAUGACAGUGUAUCAUCAUUCGCAAAACAAGAUGUCGGCUUCAACAAAUCGACGAAAUCAGGUGAUGGUGGGGGAGCUCCCCAAUGACUUCCUGCGUAUCUCGGGGCAACCCACGCAGAUGAUGGAAGAUGAGAGGAUAGCCCAGAUCCUACAGGCCCAGCAGCAAGCCGGGGUGGGGAUGAUGCCCACCAACAUUGCUGGCAGACUUAGCAUCACUGUUGUCCAGGCCAAGUUGGCUAAGAACUAUGGUCUGACCAAGAUGGACCCCUACUGCAGAAUCAGACUGGGGCACACUGUGUUUGAGACACCCACAGCUUGUAAUGGCGCCAAGAAUCCAAGAUGGAACAAGACUGUGCAGACGUAUCUCCCAAACGGGGUGGAUUCCAUGUACAUCGAAAUCUUUGAUGAGAGGUCCUUCACAGUGGAUGACCGGAUUGCAUGGGCCCACGUCACUAUCCCAGCGUCAGCCCUGAAUGGUGAUACUUCAGAUGAUUGGUAUCCUCUGAGUGGUCGCCAAGGAGAUGAGAAGGAGGGAAUGGUCAACCUUGUGAUGAGCUUCACAGCUGCAGCGGACAUGCCAGCAUCAUCCUUCACGUACACGACACCAGCGUUCCAGCCAGUCCCCGCCAUGAUGCCUAUGUACUAUCCAGCAGUGCAGCCGGUUGUUGUCGGAGUUGCCCCUGGGAUGCAACCGGGCGUGCAGCCGGGGAUGGUGUACCCACAGCAGAUGGUGCAGCAGCAGCAGCAGCCGCAACAACCACAAGGACCUUUGUACACGGAACAGGACCUCCAACAGGUCAAGGACAUGUUCCCAAAUAUGGAAGAAGAGGUGGUGAAAUCGGUGUUUGAGGCGAACCGCGGCAACAAGGAUGCAACCAUCAACUCACUGUUGUCAAUGAAUUCCGACUAACUUGAGACACGUAACAUACUUUAAACAUUCUGUAUGACCAUAACAUGAGGUUCGCCUUCGGGACCAAUCAAUGUCCCGAAUAGUUCACGUAAGUUAGAAAACACAAAUUGUGCUAUCAGUCUUUCAAGGGUUACAGUUAUCUGAAAUCCCAGUUCUUUUUUCCAUGCAGAUGAUAUCUUCAGCCUCAGGGGACAUAAUCUCCAUGUCUCCUUAUCGUUACGCUUUAUCGGUGUAUGAUUGAUAGGUAAAGAAGAACUUUUCAAUGUUGAAAUUUUUGCAUGAGCAAGCAUUGUUUAAACUCAAACAUGUAAGUUGUGUGUUGUUGUCAUUGCCUAUUAAAGACAAACAAUUUGGAAGUCCCUUCACAGUCUGUAUGAGCAAACGUCAAGCACUCCAGAACCCUGUAUAAUUUUGAACACCGAACAUGCAUAUAUUUGCAUAUUUCUAUUUUGAGUCAUACUGUGAAUGGAAUUUGUUGAUUGUCAUUUACUGAUUUGUUUAUGGUAUUUUUACAUCACCCUUAAUAAAUCCUUUGCCUUAAGGAGCAGUAAAAUGCCAACCGGAACUCAUCACAUGUUCCCAUGGUAACUUGAGAAUGUAUGUAAAUGAAUGAAACCACCAAACGUUGAGCAUCAAUAUCAGAUAUGCUGAGGCAGGAUUUAAAGAUAGCCUUUGAUCUAUUCUUAAUAGCUGAAUACCCAAAGUAUCAUGUGACUGAAAUAUGUCAUAAUGGAAUUCCUGUCACACGACACAAGAAAUCACAAUGAUAUCUGUUGUUUUGUCACAAGCCCUCACGCCUUCAUGCUCAUCACAGAGCUCGUUUGCUGUAAGGCUUCCCAGCAUUGCUGUCAACUGUUAUGGCAUCCUUGUCGAUAAGGAAUGGAAGAGUCACACAUUUCCUGUAGUUCUCUGAUAUUUCUAUACUACCUAGAAGUAGUUAAGGGUCACCAUUUCUUACAUAAUUAUUACUAUGGUGAUGUCUUUUUCUAUCAUGCCAAUGACAGAUUAACUCUGGUAAUAUGAGAGAAUCAGGUGGCCCUAAAAACCUUUUUGAGUCACGUAUUUCAGAUUUUGGUGGAAAUUCAUAUCGAGUACUGGAUGUGUACUUUUGAUUGUAAGUCUGUUUGUAGCACUGUCUGGAAGAACUUAAGGGUUUGUGGAAAGGCUUAUGAAGUACAAGACAUAUAAAUACUCUGUUCUUUUCAGUAUUUGUCAGUCAUAUGGGUAUGUGCAGCAGUAUGUUAAUAUUUUCUUCCCUGCACAAAAAAGGAUCGGAAAGACAACAAAUAUGAUUAAUAUAAACUCUAUAUUAAUAAGAAGCAUUGUUUAUCUUAAUCCAGAAAGUUAAACUCAAAAGGAGACCUCUUGUUUUAAUAUAAUUUUCAGCUUAAAGACUUCAUACUUCGAAAGUAAUUUGCUCUUCUUAGAGGAUAUUCCAUAUGGGAAUACUAUUUGUCCAAAUGUUCAACAGGUCCUGUUUCUUUUUUCAUUUCUUUGCUAUUUGUUUCAUGAUGGAUUUCCUUCUGGUGUCAUCGGAAAGCUUGACUCUUUGUGAACGAUUUCAAGAUGAUGUGAUGUUAUCUAGAUGUCUCUAGAUUGUAAAUACAUGUAUGCAUAUUUCCUGCUUUCCUUGUCUACUUAGUUAAUGAGUAUUAGAGUUUAAUCAAAAGCAUUGAAAACAUCCAUUGGCCUGUAUAUAUCAUAAAAUGAUCACCUGAUUAACACACUUUUAAAGUGCUGCAACAAUA